GUUGUGUUGUUGAGCUACGGUAUAUACAGGUGUAUAUUAAGAAUUGAAUAGUUUAAUUGACCAAAGUUGGUAAAACAAAAAAAAAAAAAUAUUUAUGGUUUUUUAUGUUUUAUAAAUGAAGCGAGUUGGUGGAGUUGUAAAGCAUUGCUCUCGCAUUCUAAGGACCCGGCUGCGACUCCCGGCCAGGAAUCAUGAUUUAAACUGCGUGCAGGGUCUUGCAAGAGGAAAGGCACGAUGGCGGACGGGGACCAGAAGGCUGCUCCCACAGACACCGUCGAGAGUCUUUCCAAGGAAGCAGAAACACUCAAGGCCAAGCUCGAGGAGGAACGACAGAAGCUGAACGACGUUGCACUGUCAUCAGUAUCUGAACGCCUGGAAAUGAUAAACUACUUGAAUAUAAAGCCUCGACGUGUGCUGAAGGGCCACCAGGCAAAAGUGCUGUGCUCUGAUUGGUCACCAGACAAACGUCACAUUGUAUCAUCCUCUCAGGAUGGCAAGAUGAUAAUAUGGGAUGCCUUCACCACCAACAAGGAGCAUGCGGUUACCAUGCCGACCACGUGGGUUAUGGCGUGCGCUUACGCCCCAUCUGGGAACCUCGUGGCUUGUGGGGGUCUGGACAACAAGGUGACGGUGUACCCUCUCAGUCUGGAGGAGGAUGUGACGGUCAAGAAGAAGACGGUGGGAACGCACACCAGCUACAUGUCCUGCUGCACCUUCCCCAACUCCGACCAGCAGAUCCUGACGGGCAGCGGGGACUCGACGUGUGCCCUGUGGGACGUGGAGUCGGGCCAGCUGCUGCAGAACUUCCACGGCCACGCGGGCGACGUGAUGGCUCUCGACCUCGCUCCCUCCGAGACCGGCAACACCUUCGUGUCGGGUAGCUGCGACAAGAUGGUGCUGAUUUGGGACAUGCGGACAGGCCACUGCGUGCAGUCGUUCGAAGGCCACGAGUCGGACAUCAACAGUGUCAAGUUUCACCCCAGUGGAGAUGCUGUGGCCACAGGCUCUGACGACGCUACCUGUCGCUUGUUUGAUCUCCGUGCGGACAAGGAAGUGGCAAUGUACUCCAAGGAGAGCAUCAUAUUUGGCGUCAACUCUGUGGAUUUCUCAGUCAGUGGCAGGCUGCUGUUUGCCGGCUACAAUGACUACACCAUCAAUGUGUGGGACUCGCUGAAGUGCGUGCGGGUGUCGCUGCUCUACGGCCACGAGAACCGCGUGUCGUGCCUGCAGGUGUCCCCGGACGGCACCGCCCUCUCCACCGGCAGCUGGGACUACACUCUCAGGGUUUGGGCUUGAAAAGCCAACUCGAAGCUUCAUGUUGAUCAAGGAGCAUGAAAUGAAACCAAGGACAUAAAAAUAAAUGUGUCCAUCUUUGGAAAAGGUAUCAGUAUUACUGGAUAGUAAAAAUUGUGUGGUAAGAUAUUAAGGUUGCAUGAAAUCUCUUGUUUUAUUUGUUGCAAAAUAGUAAAUGUAUGGUAAUACAAAUUUUAGCAAGAAUGUGGUAUGUGUGUACAUUUUACAUGUAAGCAAAUUUCAGUACCGGUGCAUAUGUGAAUGAUAGCUGUGUUCAGUUAAUGUAAUCAAAAAUCAUAGAAAGGUUAUCUUUAAGUAAUUAGUUGUAUUUUUUUAUUUUUGAUAUCAAACUAGGUUUUAUAAUUUGGACAUGUUUAUCUUUAUGUGUCAAUAUUUUUAAAAGUAGGUAAAUGUAAUUUUUUAAUUUAUGCAUCAAUUGAAACAGAUUUAUUUCAUUACAGUUAUACUAUAAUUCCUUGCCGUGCCUACAUAAAAGCCAGAGCAGUUUUGUUGUACAUACGUAAUUUUAUUUCACGUAACAUUAGAACUAUGUACUUUAUUUGUGGCUAGUCAACUAAUAUGUUUCGCUAUAUAUUGAAUUGCUAUCUUGUACAUAAAUGUGUAAUGACCCUGUUUUGACAUGUUAAGCUCAAAUAAUUUUUUUUUUCUUUUUUAUAUAGGUACAUGUACAUACUUCUCUGACCAGACAUUUUGAAAAAAAUUAACAUAUAGUGAGUGUUCAUCAAUAAUGUUAAAAAUAUCUAAAUUUAUAAAUUAUUAUGCAGAAAUAGUUUUACAUAAAGCAUUAUAUUGUCAACUUAUUAUUACCUUAAAAAUAUAAUAUUAUAAUUUAUAUGUAUGUGUGUGUGUAGAGAGAGAGAAGAAAGUUUUGAAAUAAUUUUAGUUAUGAUUUGAGUACUGUUUAUACACAAGACUUUUUUAUUUGUUUCGUUUGUGUAAAUGUUAUUGUAUUAGUAAAGACAGUCUGUGUCUUACACAGCAUGUUGAUAACUAGCAGUGUGUUGGAUGUACUAGUCAGUAGAUCUUAAUCGUGUGUGUACAAAUAGCAUUGUGGAGCCCUGAUAGCUAUACUGCAGGGUUGUGCUGCACUCUGUCCGUGCAGUGCAGUGGUGACAUGACAAGUGCGCAUAGAGUGUAGUAAUUUCUGUGUCAUCUCCAGUGUCAGUGUGGAUGUUCACUCCAAUGUGACAGAUAAAUAUAAAAAAGAUCUUUAUUAAUAAAACCAGGCUAAGUAGGUUCAGAUUAUGUGUACAAAGUGUGUUCUAAAAGAAAUGUAAACUGUGAAAUAAAUUUUAAAAAACAUUUA